UCUUUCCUCUUCUCUCUCCUCUCUCCUCUGCUCCGUCUCAGUCCUGCCUGUGAGCACCUCCAUGGAAUAGCUGCAUUUUUUUUUCUCUGCCGAGGCUGCAGGAGUCCGGAGACCCCCGUGGGGGGGCUUGGAGAGGAACAAGUUUGGCGGAUCUGUCUCCUUCAACUGGGAUCAUCUCUGGAGGAAGCUCGUGGAAGUGCUGACCGGCUGAGGGACCUACGUGGGGCGGUUAUGGGCAGACCAGAGGGGUUGGCCAGACCACCUCUGGUAUCAGCCAUGACACUUUGCCUCCUUGCUCUGCUGGUGCUGCUGUGCUGCAGCGUCUCCAGCCUCCCUCCACCUCUGCCAAGAGUCUUCCUUUCCUUUGAAGAGCUUCAGGCCUCUCAGGCCUUUGAACACUAUCGAAUAUCUGACAAGCCCAUGGACUACAGGAUCCUGCACAUGGACGAGGACCAGGAUAGGAUGUAUGUGGGCUGCAAGGACCACGUCCUCUCCAUGGACAUCAAUAACAUCACCCAUGGCUCGCUGAAGGUGUUCUGGCCGGCGUCUGCCAGCAAAAUAGAAGAGUGUCAAAUGGCAGGAAAGGACCCAACACACGGCUGUGGGAACUUCAUCCGGGUGGUGCAGCCGUACAACAGAACCCAUAUGUUCAUGUGCGGCAGCGGCGCCUACAGUCCCGUCUGCGUGUUCAUCAACCGCGGACGCAGACCUGAGGAACAAGUGUUCUUCAUUGACUCCCGGAGUGAACCGGGAAAAGGGAGAUGUUCCUUCAAUCCUCAAGUGAAUACAGUCUCUGUCAUGAUCAACCAGGAGCUGUUCUCAGGCGUGUACAUCGACUUCAUGGGGACGGAUGCUGCCAUCUUCAGGAGCCUGACCAAGAGGAACCCAGUGCGAACAGAUCAGCACAACUCCAAAUGGCUCAGCGAGCCUUUCUUUAUCGAUGCCCACCUCCUUCCGGACGGAACAGACCCGAACGAUGCAAAACUCUACUUCUUUUUCCGGGAAAGGCUGACAGACAACAGCGGGAACACUAAAAAUAUCCACACCAUGGUUGCCAGAGUGUGUCCAAACGACAUCGGUGGACAGCGCAGCCUCGUGAACAAGUGGACCACCUUCCUCAAAGCAAGGAUGGUGUGCUCCGUGCUGGAGGAGGACGGCACAGAGACCCACUUUGAUGAACUUGAGAGUGUGUUUUUGCUGGAAACCGAGCAACCCAAGGGCCUGUUGGUGUUCGGGGUCUUCACAUCUACAAGCUCUGUUUUUAAAGGCUCAGCCGUGUGCGUCUACAACAUGGCGGACAUCCUCACCGUCUUUAACGGGCCCUUCGCUCACAGAGAGGGCCCCAAUUUUCAGUGGGUGGCAUUCCAGGGCCGGAUCCCCUACCCAAGGCCUGGAACGUGUCCUGGUGGAGCUUUCACUCCUGACUUGCACACAACAAAGGAGUUCCCAGACGACGUGGUGAACUUUGUCCGCAACCACCCGGUCAUGUUCAACCCCAUCUACCCAGUGGGAAGGAGGCCUCUGGUGGUUCGCACCAACGCCGGCUACAGAUACACCUCUGUGGCCGUGGACCAGGUCCUGGCUGCUGACGGCAGCUACCAAGUGCUUUUCCUGGGCACAGACAAAGGUACAGUUCAGAAGGUGAUUGCACUGCCAAGCAAUCACUCCCUGCACGAAGAUCUGAUCCUGGAAGAGCUGGAAGUGUUUAAGAACCAAGCUCCUGUUACAAACCUACGGAUUUCCUCUAAAAAACAACAGCUGUACGUCAGUUCCGAGUUUGGGGUCUCCCAGGUCUCCCUGCACCGUUGCCAUGCCUACGGCUCGGCGUGCGCCGACUGCUGCCUCGCCAGAGACCCCUACUGCGCGUGGGACGGCCUGAGCUGCUCUCGCUUCUAUCCCACUGGAAAAAGAAGAAGCAGGAGGCAGGAUGUCAUGCACGGGAAUCCUCUCACCCAGUGCAGGGGAUUCAAUUUAAAAGCCUACAGGAACGCCGUGGAGAUGAUGCAGUAUGGCGUGAAAAACAACACCACCUUCUUGGAGUGUCAGCCCAAGUCUCCGCAGGCGUCUAUUCGCUGGCUCAUCCAGAGAGACAACGACAGAAGGAAGGAGGUGAAGCUGAGUGAUCGCGUUUUCUCCACCGAGCACGGCCUGCUCAUCCGCUCCGCCCUGCCGUCCGAUCAGGGUCUUUACUACUGCCUGACCACCGAGAACGGCUUCAAACGCACCGUGGCUAAAAUCCGCCUGCGCGUGCUGAGCGACGCCAUGGUGAGCGUGCUGACAGACAAGCGGCAGUCGCCCUGGGGGUGGGCCAGCUCGGUGCACCCUAAGGUCCUGCUGGCGGCCUUUAGUCCUGCGGAGACUCUGGCCGUGCAGCAGUACUGCAAAGAGAGGAACCUGCAGAAGAAGCAGCAGCAGCAGCAGGCACAGCCGCCCGGACCCCUCAGGGGGGAUUUGGCCAAACUAAAGCCCUUAUUGGACCGAAGAAAGAGCCGCAAUAGACGCAACCAUCUCCCAGAGGUCUGAGAGCUGCAGAGACGGGGAGACUUUUGUACAAUGGAAGCAGUUUGGGAAAAGGAUUUCUUUGUUUUUGCAUGAGGUUGUGUGAAAAAGUUUCACUUAGACACAAAACAACCGGGAGCCAAGGAUGCUCUGAGACCAGAAUAACACAAGCAGGAGUGGAAAUACAAAAAGAAGAAACGAGAUGAUGAUGAAGAAACUCAUCAGCUCCUCAGUGGAUCAGCUGAAUAUUGACAUCCAAAGGAGGUGGUUUGCUUUAAAGAACGUUGCAAAGAGGCGCAGAGAAGAUGUGACGGUGAUGCUCAUAAGAGCGGAGAUGUUUCUAAAUGCAUGGCAGUCAAAUUCAGAGAAACUGUGUAAAAGUUGAGGCCAAAGGAUAUUUUCUGUUUAAAUGAGACAGGCAGUGUAUGGCAGCCCAGAGGAAACAACUAGCACCAAAAUUCUCCCAAAAAAAAUCUGAAAAUAGACGGAUUUGAACAAAAGAAUUCAGUAAAAAAUCAUCUUAUCUAUCCUCUUCUGAUAUAUUAUAAUAAUUCCUCUUUUUUUCUUACUUUUUUUUAUCUAAUUCAUUUUCAGAUUUUUUUUUUACUUCCUGUCUUCUGGGGCUUGUGUGUCCAUCUUCUCUACAGUUUCCUGGGAUAUUGUUUCUUUCUUACAGUCAAAUUUGAUUAAAAAAAACAUAAAAUGAAUCCUGAUUCGUUAAAGUUCCACUCCAGUCUUCUUUUAAAAAAAUUUUUUUAGUUAAGAUUGUGCAGUUUCAAGCUAAAAUCUGUAUUGUUUUCUAGGACAUAACAUAAAGUGGCAGUUUUUAAUUAGAAAUUCACAUCUUAGUUGUGGGACCGUUGGCCCAGAAGAAGCCCGCCCCCCUUAUCUACUCUCCUUUGCUGAGAGCUCUCUGUUUACAUUCUCUCCCGCUAGCUUACAGGUCCUCACAACCCCAACCCAGCAUUACCAGAGCAACAAAAACAAGUGGAUGCAUCAGAAUGGAGCAGAGCAGGGAGCUUGUGGCCAUCCCAGCCUAUUUUCUACGUCACACAUAAGCUCCUUUUCAGACUGUAUUUUUUUGUCUGCUCCUGAUUCACAAUGAGUCUCAUUAUAAGAUACUCAGACAUGCAAUAUUAAGCUUAAUUCUCUCUCUCUCUCUCGCUCUCUCUCUAUCUAUAUAUAUGUAUAUGUUUUCCAUCAUCAGAAAAAUGCCACAAGGUCAUGUUAAAAACACCUAAAAAACAGUUUUCAUCCAAAUGGGACUACUGUAUAAAGCUAUAACGUGGUUGUUUUUGCAUGAAAAAAGAGCUACUUUGGAAUUAAAUUUAUCUUUAAAAUGAAAAAUAUAUAAAAUUGAACAAAUAAAACAAAAGGAAGCAAUUAUAGUUUUUACAGUGAGGCAAUUUGAAAUAUUUCUGACCAAAUUAAGAAAAAAGGUCAAUCUAUAUAGAUGUUAUUGGAUGCUAUCAAGUGAAUAAAACGUCAAUAGAGUUCAAGUAGAGAGCACAAGUGAUACAAAAUAGUGCCAUGAUGGUAAAUGCUGAAGAAACAAACAAUCCCAAAAGUUUAGGUGGUAAACUUUCUUUAUUAGGUUUUUUUUUUUUUUUUUUUGGCCUCUCUGGGCUGCCAUACGCCUCAGCAGAAGCUUAAAUUCAGCAGGUGUGGCUGCAGACUUGCUGAUCUGUGUACUGUAUGAGAGGAUGCCUGACUCUACUCAACCUGCAUGUUUCACCAGCACUGAAGCAUGUCCAUCAUUAAUGUAAAGAGGUAGUGAAUCUUACCCACAAUGCAUUUCCAAACCCUUUUUUUCACUGCAGAAACUGACAAACGUCAGACAUUUCUAAACUAAGCUACAGUCUUUAUUAACUCUUCAAAUAGUGAUUAUCUGGGAAUUAGACACUUAGACUAUGUGAAUAGACCAUUUUUUUAUUGCUUAGAUAAUGUAGAUAGAAAUCUUUGCUUGUGUACAGAUGUCUUUUGUUUUGUUUCAGUCUUUUAAAUUAACUUCGCUUAAACAAAAAAAUGUUUCAACGUGUACAUAAAUGAACUCAUCAAAUGUCUCUGACCGUAUCUGCAAAUUGCAGAGAUUAAAGCUUUUAUUUUGAAAACCUUUUCUCAUACCGAUUCAGGAUGACCUGUGCCAUGAAACAUGCAUUUGUAUUUAUUAAUAGCCUGAAUAAAUCUGUUCCAAUGAAUUUCUCAUUAAGGCCAUGACUUGUUUUUAAUUUUUUUUUAUCAGUAGAUUCUUUUUUUUCAUUAUAAGUUGAUUAAUCUUUUUUUAAAUAUACAGCAGUGGAUUUCCUGUCGAGUGGAGGCACUACACGCUAAACAGAAAGGCUUCUACUUUUUUAAAAGUUUAAUAUACUUGAUUUUAGGUAUAAAGCAGUAAAAGUGAAAGAAAAGAAAAGACGAAAGGUCAAAGAAGAAAAUAAAAUUGUUUGCAAAAGUAUUGGCUAAAGUAUUUAAUGAUUUGUUAGAAGUGGGUUGUUAAAGUUAAUCUACAGAGCCCUCCACGUGCCGGUCGUUAAAAAAAAAAAAAAAA